GUACAUAGACUCAGUGUGUCGUUCUGUUACAUAGAUGCCGGAGAGAAGGGAGGGCAGGUAGCUGGAGGCCAGAAGCAGCGCAUUUCCAUUGCCAGAGCUUUAAUCAGACGUCCUACAGUUCUGAUACUGGAUAACGCCACCAGUGACUUGGACUCAGAGAAUGAAUACCAGGUCCACCAAGCUUUGUUGAACCAAACCAACCACUGCACCGUGCUGCUGAUUUCCAACAAGAUGAGUGUUAUAGAGAAGGCCGAUCAUAUCAUUUUCCUCAGUGAGGGGGUGGUAAAGGAGGAGGGCAGCCAUGAUGAGCUGCUGGAGAAAGACGGCCUUUAUGCUGAUAUGGUGAAGAGGCACAAUAUGGGUUUUCAGCGUUAAGAAGAGGAGAGGAGCGAUGCACAGUCACGAUAGCGUUGGGUCCACAUGCAGCCAGAGAAGUCAAGUUACAGAGGAAUUGCUGGACUUGAAGGUGUCGAAACUCCAGUCACACUUUAACUUUAUUGUUAAACUACGCUUAUUGCAUUGAUAGAGAUUAGUGCCUCCGUGCAGUAGAGGUAGAACCAGAAAUUAUUUCUUCAGGAUUAUACACUCUGACAAAUCAUUCAAUCAUGAGCCACAGAGUGAUUUGGCCCAGUGUCGGUGUGAACGCUACAAAACUCCCAUCUUCUCCAGCGAGAAAGGAUCUACCUGGACGGUGUUAUAUACGUAUAAUAUUAUAUUAUAGUACCAAAGGUGCUUGACACAAGGAGCUGAGGAUUUGUCUGCUUUAUGGAUGAUAGUUUAGGAUCGUAAUGCACUAGAGAUGUUUGUGAUGUUUUAUUUUAUAAUAUUUAGAAGUGUGUUCUUAAAUGUUGUGGCUGUAUAUUUUUUUUUUUAUAUUUGUCAAAUGUUUUAUCCAACUUUUCCCUGUAUUAAUCGUUUGAGUCUUGUAAGUAAAUUAAAAUUAGCGCUUUGUUUGCCUCUCUUGAGUUGUGACAAUAAAUAGUUUCAUCCU